UUCUUCUUCUUCUUCGUUGGUGUAGUUGCCUCGCAAAGGGAAGUGUCCUCCAUGGUGUCAUUGUAGGCCCGCUUAAGGUUGAACGUUCAGAAAUAAACAAUGUCUGGGUACACACCAGACGAGAAGCUGCGUCUCGACCAGCUGACGAAGCUAAGGAGGCAAUGGCUGAAGGACCAGGAGCUCAGCCCGAGGGAGCCCGUGGGACAAGCUAAACCGCUGGGCCCCGUGGCCAAGUUCUGGGCUGGUUUUCUGGAGCCCAAGAGCCUGUGGAGACUUUACACGUACAAAGUAUACAAAGGUGGAGUUUUCACAUUAACGCGGCUGUUGAUACCUAUUUGGAUUAGCCACUACUUCGUGAAGUACCAUGUCGCAACAAGGCCAUUUGGUAUCGUGGGAGUGAAACCCAAGCUGUUCCCAGGCGACACUAUUCUGGAGACAGGCGAAGUUCUUCCAGAUCUCCCUGAGACCCAUGGCCAUCACUGAAGUUGAAAUAUUUCAAUUAUUUCCUUGAGUUCCUGUUGUAAAAACUGUGUAUAUGCCAAUAAAAUAUUACAAAAUA